AUGGCCAAUGGCUCCUCUGAGCCACAACUGCAGUGGUGUCCAGUAGUUCUCAGUAGACAGCCCAUGAUGAUUCCACUGAUCACGGAAUUCCCUAACCGAUCCUUGGAUGCGUGCACUGCCACCCCAAACUCGAGCACGCCCACUUGCUCGCCUGUCCUGCGUAAGCGCUCGCGCUCCUCCACACCCCAGCUGAGCCCCGAAUGUGAGAACACCAUGGUGGAGAAGGGCUCCUCAGACCACGAGAGGUCCCCCACCACCCCCGAACCACUGGCCCAGCAACAGCAGUCCCAGCAUCAACGCAGCUGCUCCCAGUCUGUCCAUCCCACCAACACCAACUCCCGUAGCGGUGGCAAGAACUCAAAGUCUCACAAGCGGCAUACUAAAAAAAGUCAGAGCUGGUACAAUGUAUUGAGUCCCACCUACAAGCAGCGCAAUGAAGACUUCAGGAAGCUCUUCAAGCAGCUGCCAGAUACGGAGCGCCUCAUUGUGGACUACUCCUGUGCCCUUCAGCGUGACAUCCUCCUGCAGGGACGCCUCUACCUCUCAGAGAACUGGAUUUGUUUCUAUAGCAACAUCUUCCGAUGGGAAACCCUGCUGAUGGUUCGAUUGAAGGACAUCUGCUCCAUGACCAAGGAGAAGACUGCCCGUCUCAUCCCCAAUGCCAUCCAGCUGUGCACUGACAAUGACAAGCACUUUUUCACCUCUUUUGGAGCGAGGGACCGAACGUACAUGAUGAUGUUCAGACUGUGGCAGAAUGCACUCCUGGAAAAGCCCUUAUGUCCAAAAGAGCUGUGGCACUUUGUCCACCAGUGCUAUGGUACUGAACUGGGCCUGACCAGCGAUGAUGAAGACUACGUCCCUCCUGAUGAUGACUUCAACACCAUGGGGUACUGUGAAGAGCUGCCAGCAGAGGACAGCACUGAGCACAACAACGACACCAGCAACAACACCCCAGCCAAAUCCUCUGAGGCCAAGCCAGACACCAGUCCUGUGCUGCCCUGCGAUGCCUUCCCCAAUAACACCAUGCCUGACCUGCCCAGCACUGAACCACUGGUCCCUUAUGAUCUCCCCCCAGUGGAAGACCUAUCCAUCCCUCUCCCCAGCGCUGACCUCCUCACACUCCCAUUGCCAGACAGCCACAGCAGCCAGCUCAGCAUUCAUGGCCCUGCACCCUCACUGGACCUGACUGAUGACCAAGACCUCCCCACUGAGCUCAGUGAUUCAUCUGAGACACAUGACGAAGGUGAGGUGCAGGCUUUCCAUGAGGACCUGAGCGGCAGACAAUAUAUCAAUGAGGUGUACAAAUUCAGCGUGGACAAGAUGUAUGACAUCCUCUUCACCGAGUCUGAGUUCAUGAGGGACUUUCUGGAGCAGAGGAGGUUCUCGGAUGUGGUGUAUCACCCAUGGAGGAAAGAGCAGGACGGGAACCAAACCAGAGAAAUGAUGUACACCAUUUCCCUGACUAAUCCCUUGGCUCCCAAAACGGCCACAGUGACAGAAACACAGACGCUGUACAAGGCCAGCCAGGAGAACGAAUGCUACGUCAUUGAUGCUGAGGUGAUAGCUCAUGAUGUGCCCUACCACGACUACUUCUACACUCUUAACCGCUACAUGCUCACCAGGGUGGCCAAGAACAAGUGUCGUCUCAGGGUAUCAACAGAGUUGCGUUACAGGAAGCAGCCCUGGGGGCUGGUCAAGGGCUUCAUUGAAAGAAACUUCUGGAGCGGCCUGGACGAGUACUUCAGAAACUUAGAACUGGAGCUCAGCAAGGUGGAGGUGGUUCUUACAGAGCUCCACAGCCAAUCUCCCAAGGUCAAGGCAGUGAGAACAGGCAUCAUGCGAAGGAGGAAACGACAACUCACACAUUUGAGGCCGUCAGGCCACAUGGACAAGGUCUUAAGCCCCAUCACCACACCAGAAGAUGAGGAGGAAGUCAUCAACCACAUCAAACAUGUGGCAGGUUCCACACAGACCAGGCACAUUCCUGAGCAUGCCCCAGGAGGUCUGGCGCUCUACAACGUCUCUAAGCUCCUGCUCCUCAUCAGCCUUGUGAUUUGUAUAAGCCUGGUGCUCCUGGUGUUCCUCAACAUGAUGCUGUUCUACAAGCUCUGGAUGCUGGAGUACACCACCCAGAGUCUGACCUCCUGGCAGGGGUUGCAACCACAAGACAGCAAACUUCCACAGACACAGCUGGAGUGGGCACAACUAUUGGAGUCCCAGCAGCGUUACCAUGACGGCGAGCUGCAGAAGUGGAAGGAGAUCAUCCAGUCCUCUGUGCUGCUAUUGGAUGAGAUGAAGGACUCCCUGCUCAACCUCCAGAAAGGCGUAAGCCUCAGGGACUACAACUCUGAUAAAGAGGAAGACGGGAAUCAAUACCACUGA